UUAUAUUCAAAUAAAAGAAUCAUGCUAUUUAACUGACGGAGCUUCUUAUGUCAAGGCAUAAGCAAUAAACAAUGGAAAAUCUCAAUAUAUUCUCGUGCUUCCUCUUGUUGUUGUUCUUCACAAGGUUUUGUCAGGGAGCCCCUAAUAAAGGGACUUGGUGUGUUGCAAAUUGGUUUGUAAAAGAUGAUGAAUUAAAAGCCUAUCUGGAAGAAACAUGUGAUGGGCGCAUUUGUAGAAACAUUCUACCUGGAUAUCCUUGCUUUGAGCCUAAUAAUUAUCAUAGUCAUGCUUCCUAUAUUCUUAACAAACAGUUUAAGAAAAAUCAUGCUCCAUGUCGUGAGGAUCUCGGCAUGCUAAUACAUAUGAAUCCAUCUUAUGGAGAUUGUAAGUACAAAUGAAAUACCUCAACAAGAGAGUUCGUUCAAUUAGAUGAUGCAAAGUACUUUAGUUUGUAUUAAUUAUGUUAAUCAUAACUAUGAAGCAUCGUUGAACAAAAAAUGAUUGCUUUUUUGAUCAUCUAUUAAUCAUUUUAGCAUAUCUGUAAUAUCCUCUAUUUUAGUAUCUUUAUGAAAUAUAUUUGAGAUAUUAUAGUAGUCUUUUGAUCUGAA